CUCACUUCCUCUUUACACUCCAGGAAGAAAAGUUUCUCUGUGUGUGUGUGUGUGUGUGUGAGAGAGAGAGAAGUUGGUGAAGCUGCAGCUCCAGACUCCUGAUCUCACAAUGUCGUCCCCUGCCGUCCCCAGCAGGCCGAUCACGGCAGUAGCCUGGACCUCCAACAGCUCCACACGCCCCCCCCACUACACCAUGAUUCCUUCAACUGAAGAUGGAGCUGUUGCCAACUUUACCCGGGGCUUUGGUCUGAAAUCUGGAUACUUUCUCUGUUACAGCAAGGAUCUGUCUGGUGGGAUGGUGGUGUCUGAUGUUCAGGUGAUCUCUGAGAAGGAUGUGAUUCCUCACGGUUACUGUUACAUUCCUGAGUUCAUGGAAUCCAAAUCCUCUGUGUGGAAGAAGAAGCGUGUGUGUGUACGUAUCGUUCCUGUGGACAGUGUAAACACAGCCGUCCUGGACAUCCGAGUGACGGCCAAGAGCAAGAUGAUGCUGGCACAGUACACCUGUCUGGGGGACAUUCUGGGUUAUGUCCUGUGGUGUCUGAAGGGCCCGUUCUCGUCCCCUGUCCCUCAGGUCAAACCUCGCAGUCUGAGCAUCGACAUGCGGCAGCUCUCUCUGGAAGCGGGCACGCCCCUCCCCCUCCGACCCACCAACCAGUCGUCUCAGCCCCAGCCCAGGGUCAGCCGUCGCCGUGGCAACCUGGACCAUACAGAUACUGUGGAGAAGGUGCAGGACAGCAGCAACAUCUAUGGGAUUACAGCGAUGGAUGGGGUUCCCUUCGCUCUUCAUCCAAGAUUUGAGAGUCGAGCCAUCGAGAAGGUGUCCGUCUCUGCUCUGGAUAAUAUCCGUAUUAAAUCGCUCCAGGACAUAGAGAACGAGUAUAACUACACCUUCGCCAUCGAGGAGCAGGCCGCCACCAGACCCCUCCCCUAGACCACAUCACUCCUGUAUAACCCCGCCCACCCACACCUUUUUUUUUUUUUUUUUUUCCUUUUAUUAAAACCAAACUUCCUGACACACGGCCAGUGCGGCUCAUGAUGAUGACCAAAGCUUGUUAGCAUGUACGCAUCAUGUAUGCUAAUUAUUCCUCGUUAAAUAACUCUCAUUAACGCUAACGAUCUCAGCCGAGACGGGUUUUAUUAAUGGUGCUUAAACAUGCUGCCUCUGACCAGUAGGUGGUGUUAGAGUUGACGUUACAGCACGGCACACUUUAAUAAUCAGGUUAUAGUUUAUAGAGGUUUAGGUUUAGGAUCUGGACUGUUAAUGAUUCACUGUCCUGUAAUAGUUCUUACAGUUGCCAGAUUGGGAAUUUCCCCUCCCACAUGGGUGAUAUUUCUCACAUUAUUAUAGGGGAAAGUCUUUAGGACGCACCGAUCAUGUUUUACUUUAUUAUUAUUAUUAUUAUUAUUAUGAAGUGCUAACCUUUCCCUGCGUGUUGUCAUGGCGACGUGCGCUUUAUCUCCACUCAAGACGAGGAUUGAUUUUCAUCGCGUGAACUCUUUAUACGGUAAUGAUGCCGUCACACACUAGUACGUCCCCCGCAGAGACACGCUGAAGUGUCGAACUGAAGGCGAAACUAAACGCACCCUGUUGUCGUGGUGUGACGUCUUUCUUUUAAAGGUUUAUCUGCAUUCACGUUAUUUCUUAUGGGACAUGCGUUUCACAGUACAAAAUUUCACCUUAAGAACUCGCCUCAGGAUUCAUACGCAGAGAUACCUCUCUAUGUAAAUCAGUACAGGUGCAAAAACAAACAAAAAGCCAAAGCCACCUCAUCUGGGUGCUAGUUUGUAGAGAGAGUGGGGUAUUGGAGGAGAAGGGCAGGAAAAGGGCAGAAGGACAGAAAAUGUAGUGAUGUAAUCGAUUUGUGUAUCUUUUCAUUUAUUAUCAUUAAUGUACUGAUGUGUGAAGGAAAAUGUAGAGCGAAUACAGAGAGACAUAACGGACGAUAAACAUCCCCCCUCUCUCUCUCUCGUGUGUGUGUGUUAUUAGAUAUGAACUGUUCCUUAGUUUAGGAAGCGUCUCCGUGUGUCUCUCCUGCACUCAGACAGUUUAAGGCUCUGCUUUAGUACAGAAUGAAUCCUGCUGAACUCAUCAGCUGAAAACAAUCACAUCUAAAGCUUUAGAAACCCAGCGAUGUGUUCAUUAUUAAACAGAUCUAUAUACUGUAUAUUAUAAUGUUGUUUUUGCUCUGUAGUGAUGAUGAUGAUGUCAGAUGAGACUGUUUGUUUAUUAGCGUGAAUCCUCUGUUUCGGCUCUGCUAGAGUUUUAUAAUGUUUUAUAGAUUAUUAAACUCUGUGUGUGUGUCUGUGUGUAUGUGUGAUACAGAAUGUUGUGAAGACUUCUUAACACUUCUUUAUUUUCCAUUCUGGUGUAUAAUUACCUUUGUAUCGAUUUAAACAUUUGUAUUUAUUUGAUUUGUUAAUGCUAGGACCAGACUGCACACCGUGUUUUAUUAAAACUCCAUAAUAAACAUCUGUCUGCAUUA